AUGUUUAUCCCUUCGUCGCCGCCGGUCCUCCCGGAAGAGGUCUUCAAUGAGCCUCCGAGCUCGCCGCCACUACCGCCGGCCGCCUUCCCGUCCCGCAAGCGGCAUGCGGGAUGGGACUACGACAGCAGCAUGUCCAGCGAUCCCAUCUUCAGUGAGGACGCGUCCGAAGAGUCCGAAGCCACUGGCUAUAGGCGCAAGCGACUUGUGCGCGGCCCUUGGUACCAGCAUGCCAAUUCUCCCAUCAUGGCACGCGUGCGAGGAGAGACGAGGAAGCCCGAUAGCGGUGUCUGGCUGGGUUCCGACAGUUCGACCGACAGCAUUGGGAGCAGCAACCGACGCAUGCAGAGCCUGACCUUCAAUGAAUACAUGCAGAAGGGCGCUCCCCUGACUCAACACUCGAAGACUCCUACCAAGCCGAAAGACUCGAUCCAGGAGCAUGCCGCCAGUAUAGUAUUCAACUCGGUAGAUGCUUGCAAGGACUCGAUCGAUCUCUCCGACAUGCACCUUGGUCGAAUCGAUAACGAAACCCUGAAGCCACUUCAUCAGCUUAUCCGCCUUCCUGUCCCCAUCAACGACGCCCAGAAGAUCACAGACGACCAUUUUGCACCACUCACUCCAAGCAUCAAGCUGUUUCUCUCCAGAAAUGACCUGCAGCAGCUACCGUCCGAGCUGUGGAACCUCGGUAACCUGGCUGUUCUGAGUCUACGUUCGAACUCAUUGGCCGAAAUCUCGCCCUCCAUAGGCCGUCUUCGCAACCUCCACGAGCUCAACAUCGCCGGCAAUCAGCUUCCCUUCCUUCCCUUCGAGCUACUUGCUCUGGUCGAAAACAAGCUAGUGCAGCUUUCGUUAAGCCCGAACCCUUUCGUACAGCCUUUGCCUCUGCCGACUUCGAACAUGCUCAGAAGCGUUCCUUCCAAAGUCGACGAGUGUUUGCGCGAAUUACAUCGAUUACGCAAACACUGUCAUGAGAUCGACAUGACUGCACCAUCACACGAGGCUUUGCUGCAUCGUCUAUAUGCCUCUCGACUAUAUACAGCUUCUCAAGGACUCAAAUCCACAUCUACGUAUGUUGCUUCAUCGUCUCCAACUUUCUUCGAGAUCGAUGGGUCGGUGGUCCGUCCACGGUUUCGCGCGUAUACCGCAUAUUCCGCACCAGACUAUUCCGCUUCAUUCACACGACCUUCGCCGCCUUCAGCCGCACGAUCUGCUGCGCCUUCUCUUUUUGAAUUGAGUGCGCGCGCUUGUGCUCGCUCUCAGUACGUUGGACAGUUGUCUGCACUCCUCCCGGAAGACGCGUCUCCACCUGUCAAUACGGCGAUCGAAAAGGUAAUCGAAAGCAAGGAAUUUGGUAUGCAACACUGUUCGGUUUGCAGCAAGCAGUUUCUUGUACCCAGGGCACAGUGGGUUGACUACUAUUACGUUGGACCUGGCAGCGAGAUGUGUUCUGCAAGCGAGUUGUUCCGACCCUUCUUGCGCAGAUCUUGCUCUUGGAUCUGUGCCGGUCGUCUGAACGAACAAAGAGAGAGGUAUUGGGAGGAUUGCGAGAAACACAUUUUGGAUUUGGUACAUUCCAUGUAA